AUGUCUAACAAUAAUCAACGUCAACAACAACAACUACAAGAACAAGCACCACUACCAUCACAACAACAUACACGAGGUGGUGAUGGUAGUGGUAGGCAAUCAAUCCGUCGUUCUCGUUCACCAUAUAUUAAUACAAAUCGUCGUCAUAAUAAUAAUAAUUAUAAUCAACGAACACGUUACAAUAAUAAUCGACGACAAAGAUCAUCAUCAAGAUCCAGGGGUAGUCGUCGUCAACCAAGUCAACGAACAACACGAUUACCAACAACAACAACUACAGAUGCAUUACCACAACGAACGACUACAAAUGGAAAUGAUACACAACCAUUUAUUGUUAACCCAGAUGAUAAUAAUGAUAAUCAACCAUAUGAUAAUAAUAAUGAUCAACCAUAUGAUAAUAAUAAUGAUAUUCAACCACAGCAACAACAACAACAAUCAACAAGAAGAACGACAUCAGGUUUUAGACGUCGUCAACGUCGCAAUCGACAACAGCAUUAUCGUCAACAAAAUAAUAAUAAUGAUUAUGAUUAUAAUAAUAAUCGAUUUGCUGCACUUGCCAAUCUUGAUGAUAAUAAUGAUAAUGGCAAUGACGACGAUAAUAAUGAUUAUGAUAACAACAAUAAUAAUAAUAGUAAUAAAACUAAUAAUAAAAAUAAACAACAAAAGAAGAAGAAAUCUUACUUUUAUCUUUCACGUGAUCAACUUUGGAAACAUGUCAAUCAAGAUCGAACAAGUGAAUUUUAUAAAUUAUUACAAGAUAGUCGAACUUAUGACAUUACAAAGAAUUAUCUACUUACUGUUGCUCCUGUCUAUGAUGAAUGGAUACGUACGAACCAUGAAUUUAUAUUAUGGACUGCCUACAAACAAUUAGGUGAAAAUGAUGAUUUUUGGGCCAAAGAAAUUAUUAAUCGUAUAAGAUCACGACCAGAUAAAGUUGGAAUUAAAUCAUUUGUCGAUAAGAAAAUUAAUUCUUUUCAAUUAAAACUCGAUGAAUGUUCAGUAACAAUUAACAAGUUACAAAAAGAAUUCGCUGAAUAUUGGUCACAAGUAGCAUUACGUCGUAAACAGACACAACCUUCUACAAUGGCUACAAGAGAAAGUACUACAGCACGUCCUGCUUCUUCAUUCGAUUUUGAAAAAAUGGAAAAGGAAUUAUCCGAUUAUAUUCAUAAUCAUACAAAACAUGUUAAGAAGUAUUGUAAUACACGUCUUGAAAUUGCCAAUUUAGAAAAAGAAGAAUAUCAAGCCCUUCAAAAUUUUAAGAAUAUGGCAGAAAAGAAACCAAUAUGGAAUUUCCAUUUACUUUUACAAACCAAAUUAACUAAAUGGGACAAUAAAAAUAGGAAUUUUCAUAAAAUACAAAAACGUAUGGAAUAUAAUUUACUUCCUCGAUUUAUUGAAAAACAUGAUUUUACAUUUAAAAUUGAUACUAAAGUUUUUGAACAAGAUGAAAUACAAUCUAUUUACGAUGGAAUGCGUGAACUUACAAAUUCAUUUAAAAAGCAAUCAAUGGAAUUCUAUUAUCAAGUAGCUGCUCGUGAAUUAAACAAUGUUCGAAAUGGAAUUGAUAUUAUUAUAGAAAAUUGUCGUCCUAGUCCACCAUCUGCAUUAAAUCUUACUGUCAAUGAAGCACCAGAUGAUGUACCAGAUGAUCAAGAUAGUGAUGAUAAUAAUAGUAAUAAUAGCAAUAAAGAAGAUAAACAACAUUUCGAAGCAUUUGAACUUUAUUAUAAAUUAUGUAUGAAACGACAUCAAUUACAAGCUGAACAAUCCCAUGGACCAUUCGGUCCAAAUAUAAUUAAUCAAGCAUCAAAUAUUCAAUUAAACGAGGAUGAAUAUCAUAUUCUUAAAUUAGGUCCAAGAUUUAUUUUCAAUGAUCCAAAGAUAGCAUCUCAACGGCGAACCAAAGAAUUGUCUACAUUAAGAAGAAAACUUGAAAGUCGUUUUCAUGAAAAGAAAGUCAAUCCCGGUCGUCCUGCUCAAGAAUUUAUAAAUGAAUUAGAUUUAAUUCUUCAAAAUUACCAUGAUAUUCAUACAAAUCCUCGUUUAUCUAUUUCAAAAAGAAAAAAUUACCAUAGAAUUGUUAAACGAUUAAAAUACAAAUUACGUUUGGCCAAUGUUAUAAUAAGAAAAACUGAUAAAUCCAAAGUCUUCCACUUAGGAACUUCCGAACAUUAUGAUCAACAAUCAAUUGAAUAUAUGGAGAGAACAAAGGCUUAUGAAUGUAUUGGCUCAAUUGAUCCAUUACCAAAAUUAAUUCAACAUACAAAUGAAUAUUUACUUGGUUUACGUCUUAAGAAAUGGAUUUCACAAAAACAAUAUGAACAAUUGUGCCUUAAACAAACAGAUGAUAUUGAAUUAGCACAUCUUUAUUAUUUGCCAAAAGCACAUAAGCCCUCGACUCCACUUCGUCCAAUUAUCUCUGGCCUCAAACAUCCAACAUUAAAAAUUUCCAAGUUUUUAGAUGAUCUAUUAAGACCAUUAUUUAAUCAAAUGGCUUCUAAAACAACGAUUACUUGUGGCUUCGAAUUGAUCAAACAUCUUCAAAAAUGGUCAUCAUUAAAUUUAUAUAAAGAAACAAGUUUAUGCACCAUUGAUAUCGUUGAUCUCUAUACAAUGAUCCCACAAGUUGCCGGUGUAAUGGCAUUAAAGAAAAUGUUAAAUCAUCUACAAUUACAAAAAAUUGGUGAAUUAACUACAGAUACCAUUAUACAAUUAGCAAGAUUUGUAAUGGAAAACAAUUAUUUCAAAUAUAAAGAUGAAUAUUAUCAUCAAAUUCGUGGAGGAGCAAUGGGCUCUCCACUUACACUAACUAUUGCUAAUUGUUACAUGUUCUUCUUCGAACAAUCUAUUAUUCGACAAAUUACAAAUAGUCAUGGCUUAUAUUUUCGUUAUAUUGAUGAUAUAAUUAUCAUAGUUAAUUGGCCAAAUCGACAUUUAAAGAAAGAAGUUAAUCGAUGGAAUACUUAUGAUGAAAAUAUACAAUUAUCUGAUACUAUUAGCAAUUCCAUCAAUUUCCUCGAUCUUCAUAUUGAAAAUAAAGAUGGUCAAUUAAUAACCAAUGUGUUUACCAAGCCAUCAUAUCAACCUUACUUUUUGCCUUUCAAUAGCAUUCAUCCUUUGCAUAUGAAAGCAAACAUACCAUUUACAAUGUUAUUACGUGCCAUUAGAUAUUGUUCAACAUUUCAAUCUUAUUUACAAGAACGUGAACAUCUACGAAUGGCUUUACUUCUUAAUCAAUAUUCAAUUAACUUUAUUGAUCAACAAUUUAAUCGUCUUCUCGUUAAAUUCAAUAUUCUUCAACCAUUAACUUCAACUAAUUAUAAUACAAUUCGUUUACAAGUCAUCAAUAGCCCAUAUGAAAUCAUUUCCACAAAAAUUUCAUCAGCUUUGGAACAAAUACUUCUCUGA